AUGGCCAAUCUCGCCACCAUGCUUGACGUGGACAGAUUUCCAACCAUCUUCGAUCGCCUCACUUCGCACCUCCCCAUCAAAGACAUAGUCGCACUCACUCGCACCUGCCGCAAACUCAAGCUCCUAUACCAGAAGAUGGUCAACCGUGGCGCCUGGGACAUCGACAGCAGACUUAGAAAGUUCGUCAAGGACCCUCUCGGGUUCAGAGAGAGGCUGACCGAGCUCGAGGGCAUCAUCUCUGGCAGUUUCGCUCUGCAGUUCGUGGAUCGUGUCGAUUGGGAGGGCUCGGACCUAGACGUCUGCGUGCAGCUCGGAGAAAAGGCAGAUGCGUUCUGUCGCUACAUCGAAGAGGUCGAGGGAUAUGAUCUUGCUUCGCGUACGGUCGCAAAGUACGCCUGGACCCAUGUCGACAUGGUCCAUGCGUACGACAAGGUAGUCGACGGCGAGUUCAUCAGGCUGGAAAUCAUCUUGACCCACAACCAUCCCAUCCACGCUACGCUGUCGACUUACACGACUGCACUGGUCAAUGUCAUCACUGGCAACCAUGCUUACUGCGUCUUUCCUAAUGCUACCUUCAUGAAGCGUCAGACAUAUCCUACUCGCAUUCCAGACUACUUCAACGGCGUCAUCCUUACGCAAAAGUACAAGGACAGAGGAUGGGGGUUCAUCCAGAGGAUUCCCAAGCAGAAGUGGGUGACCGGGGAGUUGGAUCUGGGAUGUCGUUGGAUUGGCGACAAGCAUACGUGGAAGAUGGCAUUAUCGCCAAUGUCGGACGAGGCAGCAGACAGUGCAGAAGGAGCAGUGCAGGGACUGAAAUUCGAGAUGAAGAAGUGCCAGGACCACUAUGAUGGGGUCGAACUCGAAUGGUUGGGCGUGGCAGCUAAACAAGGCCACUGA